AUGUCGUCCAUUGACCAGCCGCUGAACGGCAAGAUACUCCUCAUCACAGGUGGGGCAUCAGGAAUCGGCCUCUGCGUAUCGAAGCAAGCGCAUGAUCUCGGUGCACGCAUCCUCGUGGCAGACCUUAAAACAACAUCCGACUUCGACACCUUUGCCUCCGGAAAGUCGAAUAUUCUUUAUGUGCAAUCUGACGUGACGCGAUGGACAGACUUCAAUAAGCUCUUUGACGUGUGCGAAAAACAAUGGAAUGAUGUUCCUGAUGCAUAUGCCAUCUGCGCGGGACUAUUUGACCCACCAUUCUCCAACUUCUGGCAAGACCCCGAGGACGAAGGGUACAAGCAGGUCGAGGUCAAUGUAAAUCACCCAAUCAAGUUGACGAGGCUGGCUAUUAGAAAGAGUUUGGGCAAGGGUAAGAGGGCUAGUGUUUGCAUAAUCGCUUCGGUAGCGGGCAUAGCAGGCAACAUGGCAGCACCACUCUAUUGCGCAACCAAGCAUGCUGUCGUGGGAUUCGUCAAAUCUAUGGGAGCGACCGAGUCACUCACUGGCGUCAAGAUUACGACUCUCUGUCCUGGCGCCGUCCACACGCCGCUUUUUGAUGAUGCGAAGCUGAAGCAAUACUCCGUGACUACGGAUAAAGCAUUAACGCCAGAUGCAUGUGCGACCAGCUUACUAGAUCUACUUCAGAAGAAGGGGUAUCCGUGUGGAAGUGUACUGGAAAUCACUCUGGUUGGGACGCGACUCAUACCAGAGUGGGGUGUGGAGCCGCCAGUGGGCAUGGGUGCAGGACAGGACUUGGACGAGAACUUCAUGACGAACAUGCUCCAACCUAUAAGGGACACUUUGGAUGCAGAGAGAGCAAAAGGUUGA